AUGACCUGGCCGUGGCUUUUUGUCUACCUAGACUCUAGUCAAAAGCAGAGCAGGCGCGAAGUCCUCGCUCAAUUUGCGUUUAUCUCGCAGGUAUCUAUAUUAAUCCCGAUCGCGAUUUAUCAAUUGUAUCGAAUUGCCGCAUGGAUCUUAAGCAAGAGGAUAAAUUGCGACGUGGCAUAUACUGCCCUUGAGGGAUCUUCAGCUACGAAAUCAGUCGUCCGUUCAAGUGGCAUUGCCAGGCGGUGGAGAUCAGUUCAAUGGUGGUUAAAUGGUGAAAUCGCGUCAGGCUGGGGGUUGAGAAAGCGCUGGAUUGCUGCAAUUCUCUGGUUCUCGUGGCUAUUAUUUCUCUCCAUUUUCAAAACUGGCAAUGACUACUUUCAUCUCACCAAGCGCUUUGGCAGUGUUGCUGCGGCUCAGUUGCCCUUUCAUUACUUGCUUUCUUUGCGUACUCGAUUUUCGCCUUUGAUCAUACUUUUCGGAACAUCGCAUGAAGAGUUAAUCAAGUGGCAUCGGGUUUCAGGGAACAUCAUCAUGAUCUUACUCCUAAUUCACGGGUCGUUGUAUCUCAACUACUAUAUUCUAUCAAGCAGUUUGAUCGAGCAUUUACAACGUCUUUCAACCAUUACGGGAUUGAUCGCUGUCACACUCGGUGCCAUCCUCACAGGAACAAGUCUCGAUAGAAUCCGGGAACUGAGUUAUCGAGUUUUCUUCCUCUGCCAUCUCGCCAUCGGGAUGGGCCUCCUGCCCAUACUAUUCCUUCAUGCAAGACCACUCCAAUGGUUUACAACCGAGUCGCUGGCUUUAUUCAUUCUGGAUCGUGUUCUCCGACGAUUCGACAGGGUCACCGGACCUGUGACCGUUUCUCAAAUCUCGCAUACGGAUAUACUAAAGAUCGAAAUCCCCAUUAAACCAUCCAAGAUGAAGCGGUUCCAAAACAAGCCCGCUCAACACGUCUAUGUGUCUCUUCCCUCGAAUAAAAAAUCUAAUUUCAGCAAACGACUUCUCUCGAACCCAUUUACCGUCGCUAGCGUCUCAUCAAAUCAUAUCACGCUAGUCCUUCGAGCUAGAGAGGGCCCAACAACACAAAGUCUAUGGGCGCAUGCUCGCCAUUUCCACAGUAAACCUGUUAUCAGCGUUGAAGGUCCAUACGGAAGACCAGUUAAUAUCCGAGAUCUGUCAAGAUUUGAUCAUAUCCUCCUUGUCGCGGGUGGUAUUGGCGCUACAUUUACUUGGCCUAUAUACUGGGCUCUGCAGGAACAGAUAGAAGCCGAAGGACAAGACCUCGAGAAACUCAAGUUCAUAUGGGCAGUGAGGUCCACGGCGGAAGCGAGUUGGGUCACUGAUUCGGAAGAAGAGGUCUUUGCAGAGGAGUCGAAUAUCCAUAUCUAUGUGACGAGACACCAAAAUAUGGAACAGUCCUUUGAGCAGGACCUUGAACUUUCCGAUGAGGGUAUUGAGAUGGAUGAUAGACUAGCAAGUCCGAGAUCGAUUGGUGGUAUUACGCCACUUAUUGGGAGGCCUUAUUUGAAGGAUAUUGUCAAUCAGACUUUUGAUAUCCACGCUGACGAACGGGUUGCGGUGUUGUUUUGUGGACCUAAGGGUAUGGGUCAGGAAUUGAGGGGUCAUGUCGAUAGGUGGGCUGUUGGAGGACGUGAUAUCUUUUGGCAUGAAGAGCGCUUUGGAAUGUAA